UUUUAUAUCGGCUGCCGGCUGGUAAGCUGGUCGCCAUAUUGGUGGCGAAUAAAAUAAUUUGUUUUCGUUUGUGAUAAUCGUCGGGAGCGACGAAAGGGAGUAUAUUAUACUCCCUUUUUGUGUCUAAAGCUAUUAUCAGUGUUAUUACCGUUAGGCUAGCUAUAAUAAUUAUUGAGAAGUUUAAAUUUUUCUUUGUUUUGUAUUAAAAACAUGGCUUUUUAAAAUGUCGGCCCUGAACGUAAUUUACUCGUCUCCUUGCGGAGUUUCCCGCUCGUUUGUUUUUGUGGAUGUUGGAAGAAUCCAGAAUGGACAAGAAAUCUAUAAAUCGCUCUUUACAACAGUCGAGACCCGUUGCCAUCGACUCUAAAAAAGGCACAGAAUCAUCUUAUAAACCUUGGCCACGAAAUAGUAAGAAACGUGAAGGAACAGCUAAUGUAUCAAAAAAUGAUCUAUCACGGAAGAAUGUCCCAUCACAGAGAGGCAGAGGUCAAAUGGAUAAGCGCCCGCAGCCCCGUGGUACCACCAAUUUCUCAGUGGGUGGAACGCAGAACACCGGGAUAGAAGAGGAUGAAGAGCCUGAAAUAGGCUCAGUGUUUAUGCCUGGCAGCAAAAAGCAGAACUUGAAUCAUUUGCUGAACUUCAUGUACCCCUCACGUGGGGGGCCAGACUGGAGGGGUCCUGUGCCACGGCGACAAGGCCAGCAGAGGGUCUCUUACAGACAUGAACAUGAUCUUUACCUUCGCGCCUACUGUCAGUUUGUGGUCAAGGAAGAUGGAGAAUACAAGGUGAACUUGAUGGAUCCUGAUUUGCCUCUAAAGUGGGAGCAAAUUGAGGAAAUUGUGGUGAGAAGUACGGGACGUUCGGAAUGCCCCAUCUGCCUGGGUGCUCCGGUAGCGGGUCGCGUGGGUGUGUGCGGCCACGUGUAUUGCUGGGCCUGCAUCCUGCACUACACAGCGGCUCAUGAGAAGCAACCUCCUCCGUGCCCAGUUUGUGCUACGUCCUUGCAUGUGGCCGAUAUGAAGCCUACUCGAAUGGUGCAGUGGGAAUCGCCUCCUGAUGAGGUGACAAUGCGGCUAGUGCGACGUUUGCGCGGAUCAACCAUAGUGGAGGUGGCGCCUCCUCGCGGGCAGCUGACGGACACAGAGCAGAGUCACAUCCUGCCCCUGGACCACCUGCAGGGGGCACCUUUCGCUAAACUGUUCUCAGCUACUAAGCAACAGGUGAUGGACAUCUUAGAGAGAGACAGGAAACAAAUUGAAACACAAAUAUUGGCAGAGAUUGACACCACUGAACUGGUGUAUUUGGAACAAGCAUUGGAAAUGCUAAAAGUGAAAGAAAACAACAUGAAUAUUCAAAAUGAAGAACCAACUAAUAUGAAUACAGACAUAGUUGAUGAGGCACCCACAGUUUUUGAAAAGCAAAAUGUCACCAGUGAUGUAAAACUUGAUUGGUUUGACGUCACAGAGGAGGGAGCCACUUGUUUGGAAGUAGCAGAUAAGAUGACAACGUUGGAAAUACAAUCACAUUUGAAUCCCAAUGCGCAAGAGUUUGAAUAUGACAUUAAUGACAAUUUGAAUCGUCCCGAAGAGUUUCCUCUUGAAGAUGAUGAUGAGAUAGCUGAAGAAGCUGUUUAUGCAGAUAUUGACAAACAGAACCAGGCGAAAUACUUUUACUUCUACCAAGCUGAAGACGGCCAGCAAGUUUUCCUCAACAGCCUGAACGUGCGCGUCCUCAACGCUUCGUGGGGCGCUUUGGCUUCGGCUCCGGAGGUCAUCCGCGGUCGUGUUCUGCACCGCGAGACAUUCUCACUUACUGAGCAGACAAGAAAGCACAUGCCAUUUACUGCUCACCUUCCCCUUCACUGCUCCUUUGACAUUGUGGAGCUUGAUUUAAAGACACCAUUUGUAACUGAUGCAGCACUUGGAAACUUUGCGGCGGAACUAGAGCGCCGCGCACGCAUGCGCGCCAAACAGGAGCGCGACGAGCGCCGUCGCGAGCGAGCGUACCGCCGCGCUAUGGAGGGUCCCCCCAAACCGGACUUUUCCUCCCAACUGCUGUUUCCCCCCGCUCCACCUACUUACGGUAGUCCCCCGCUCACCGAAGUGUCCAUACCUGCGUGUGAGCUAACACCGUCUACUAGCUCGAGUUCGUCGUCGCAGCAACCUGCUAGUCCAUCGACGAGUGUGAUUUCGCCCACUGGAUUAUCCUUUGCUAAGAUGGCGGGCGCAAGCGGCAUGUGGCGUGUGCGCAAAUCAACGGCGCCUCCGCCACCACCUCCACCCGAUGAGGACGAGGGCUCAGAACCGAGGGCUGCACUAUUGAGCGACGCUAUAGAGGCUGCAUUAUUAGCUAGCAGCCCCACAGCCAAAGGCUCCGGCAAAAAGAACAAAAAAUCCAAACAAAAAGUCCUAUUUGCAACGGGGAUGCACCGUGCCUCAUAAAAUAUUCAACAAACUCACUGUUACCAUCCACAGACAAAUAUAAUCAAGAUUUAUUUAUAUUGUGUUAUAUAAAGUUAUAUAUAAUGAUGGGUGCAUUUUCGUGUGCGAGAAUUGUUAUUUUGUCAAUCAAGUGUUUUCUGAUAGUUGCUAACUUGUCAAAUAUUGCAUUAUGACCUGAUGGUUUCCUCUUGGUCUUGUAUAAACUUACUUACUGUUCCCACUUGUUGAAAGCCAACUUGAUACAGUUAUUUUAAAGCUGAAGAUAAUAAUUUAUUUGUCUGCAGCUUGGUGUCUGUUGGACACGCAAUACAUUCUUAGCACUACUGCCAACAAGUUGGAAUGUAAAGUGAUAUUAGACAGUCAAAUGGUGUAUUGAAACAACUUACCUGUCCGAAAAGUUACACAGUACAUCAGCAAAUCCAAUAAAGCUGAUUGUCUUAGUACAUGAAUAAUGUAAAAUGCAGUGUAUGUGGAUAACAAAGUAGGCGUUACUUUUAGUCUGGCAAGUUCGUUAAUAACACUCCCAUGAUAUGCGGGCGACAGGGGGAAGACUGCGCGGGUGUGAAUCGUGCUUGUGGGAAGUGACGUGUAUCAGUCGUGGGUUUUUCAUUCAUCGCUACACGCCCCCCCGUCCCGCGCGGAAUAUCGAGAGUUAUAAACGAAGUUGACAAGCUAUAGUAAUUGUUUGUUUAUGCUUUUUAACCGACUGGUGGUAUGUAUGUUGUUUUGUCUCUACGAGUCUACCCAUCGGAUGUAAAACUAUUAAUGCUGCGUUUUUUAAGUAUAAUGAUUUUCUAUUUAUUCAGAGAUUGUGUUAUGUAUGCUAUAAUAUAUUAUAUUUUAUUAAAAAAAAUAUGAACAAAGUGCCCUCUGUACUUUAACUGUUCAUUUCACUGCAAUAUGGUAAAAAGCGAACAACAUUUCAAAUUGUAAAUGUAAUUUUUGCUGUGUUUAGGUUAUAGCUUAUCAUGGUUCUUGUGGUUCUUAGUUAUUUUUUUAAUGUUAUUUUUUUGCUCUACAAAAAACUGUAGAAACUACUAUGUCUAUAAAAGUAAAAAAUAAAUGUAUCGAAAUAUUAAAAAUAUUUUGCUUGUUGAAAAGACGGUUGAUUAUAAUAGUAGUUUUGUUUGCGCCCAAAAAUUAUUUAAUGGGUUAUUAAUAAACUUCUAUGUGAAUUA